UGCAAGGAGAAUGGUAGUUGCUGAAUGUGUAUGCUGUUGCUGACGGUCACCUCGACGACACCUCCAGUUCCAGCCAGAAUGACGAUGGCUACUCCGCGCAUGCGCGUCGAGCCUCACCCAGGGCGAGAGUAUUCCACGUGGACUUAACCCCGUCAUGUGGCGGUGGAGGUGCCGCUCGCCACCCAAGGUUCCUCGUGCCUGAGCUCGGAAUCUCGACGCGUCGGGCCACGAUCGAGGCAAGUCUUCCCUCAUUUCGUUCACGUAGCAGGCAGCAUGGGCCUCCUCACCAUCAUUCGGAAGAACAAGGCGAAGGCGCGCGAGAUGCGCGUUCUCUUCCUCGGCCUCGACAACGCAGGAAAGACGACAAUUCUGAAGCGCAUGUCCGGCGGCGACAUCAGCUCGAUUUCCCCUACGCUUGGCUUUAAUAUUCAGACUUUGAUGCGGGGCGAGUACACGCUCAACAUCUGGGACGUGGGAGGGCAGCGGACGUUGCGACCGUACUGGCGCAACUACUUCGAGAGCACGGAUGCGGUCGUGUGGGUCGUGGACAGCUCAGACGCAUUGCGCAUGGGCGACGGCGCCGAGGAGCUGCGUGCGCUGCUCUCAGAAGAGCGCCUCGCUGGGGCAACGCUUCUUGUGUUCGCGAACAAGCAGGACCUUGCGGGUUCCCUGAGCGUCGACCAGAUCAGAGACGCUCUCGGACUUGAGCAGAUCGAGUCUCACAAGUGGCGCAUCGUACCGUGCAGUGCCAUAUCAGGCGAAGGUCUCGACGAGGGUAUGGACUGGGUCGUCGGUGAGGUGGCGGGGCGGCUGUACUGGAGCGGACGACGAGCGCCCGCUGAGGCGCCGGAGUCCGUAUCGCAUCCUCCAGUAGUUUCUGCGUGAGUGACCAUUAUCUCGGCAUCUAUAAUACACCUUUAUGUACGAUCAACAACUCGCAG